CUUACGCAUUAGAUCAAUAUUAAAGCUAACCACUCGUUUGCAUUGUAUGGUAUAUCAUUCCAAGAAUCUCAGCUGCAGUAAACAACGACCAUGAAACUAAUGACAGCAACAACAACGUUUGAUGUCUCUGCCACAUGCUUCCGUGCCCCUCCUCCUUCGUGCUCAAUGAAUCCAUGCCACACCAGUUUUUCAGUUAUAAACUCCCUGAAUCCUCACAAGGGACGACGGAUAAGCGUUGCUGUUCCACCCAAGUUUCCAAACUUCCGGAGGGAAGCAUCUCUGCAGGGGAAUUUGGAGGCUAUUAGAGUCCCAACUUCGGUGCCUGUGCGUGUAGCAUACGAGCUUCUUCUAGCUGGUCAUCGAUAUUUGGAUGUAAGGACCCCGGAAGAGUUCGAUGCUGGACACGCUCCUGGCGCAAUUAACAUUCCUUAUAUGUUCAGAGUUGGAUCAGGGAUGACAAAGAACAGCAACUUUAUUAGAGAGGUGUCUUCACAGUUUAGGAAAGAUGAUGAAAUUAUUGUCGGGUGUGAGCUUGGUAAAAGAUCUAUGAUGGCCGCAAGUGACUUGCUAGCUGCUGGGUUCACUGGACUCACAGACAUGGCUGGUGGUUAUGCUGCAUGGACACAAAAUGGACUUCCAACAGAGCUAUGAAGUGUUUCUGUUGGAACUGUAGCUGUAAAUAGAAUAAGUUUUGGGAGGAGUCCAAUGCAUGGAAAUGCAGAAACACUUCACCAAGACAGUGACAAUCUGACACUGGGAAAACAAAAAUCUAUAAAUGGAAAAUUAAAUGUAUUUGUCGAUAUCAACAAUAAAUAAAAUGUUAAUAUUUAUCCAACUUUGCAAAGAAACUCUAUUUCCUGGCUGAA